CGCAGGCGCAGUGGGAGCGCCCCGCCGUGUUGCCGGAAGUAAGCGGUGACACUGGGGCAGUCGGUGUGAAUAACAGACUCUGGCGUCGGUGUGAGGAGGAUGGAGGAGCGGCACCGGCAGAUUCUGCGGCGGAACCGGAUGGCGCUGGUCACCUCCAUGCAGGUGGCCGAUAUUUGGGACCCUCUGGUGGAGAAGGGGGUGUUCAGCAAUGACAUGGUGGAGGAGAUCCAGAGCGCUGGGACACGAAGGGACCAAGCUAGGAAGUUACUGGUUGAAUUGGAGACCCGGGGCAGUCAGGCUUACCCCCUGUUCCUGCUGUGUCUCAGGGACGCCGGGCAGCACAGCCUAGCAGACCUCCUACAGGAGAAUGGAGGUAGCUGUGACGUAAAGCCCGCCCAAAUGACACCAACUCCAGUACCAAGGCUCCCGGUGCAGAAACGCUUUGUCGACCAGACGCCUAAAGUUUUGGACACAGAAACGGAUUACCCAAUGAACUUCGACCCCUGCGGAUACUGCCUCAUAAUCAAUAACGUGGAGUUCCUGAAAUCCUCCAACUUGUCAGACAGAACCGGCUCAAACAUCGACCGGGAGAAACUUGAAAGCCGGAUGCGGUCGUUCCAUUUCGAGGUUGUGGUGAAGAGUAACCUGAAGGGGGCGGAAAUUCACAAGGAGCUGCAGGACCUGGCAGCCAAAGACCACAGUAAGCGGGAUUGCUGUCUGGUGGUGAUCUUGUCCCAUGGCUGCGAGACGCGGCACACGCAGUUUCCAGGCGGGGUUUACGGGACUGACGGGGUCCGGAUCCCUGUGGAGCGAAUUGUGGACUAUUUCAACGGCUCCAAUUGCCCCAGCCUGCGAGGGAAGCCGAAGCUGUUCUUCAUCCAAGCCUGCGGUGGAGAUCAGAAGGACAGAGGUUUUUCUGUGGACUCAGGGGAGCCACCCAGCAAAUAUGAUGCGGAGUCCGUACAAUCUGACGCCACCGCAGUCCGUCCGGACGAGGAGGACACUGAUGAAACCGACGCUGUGGUUAGUCUGCCUACGUCCAGCGACAUCCUGGUGUCAUACUCAACGUUUCCAGGUUUUGUAUCCUGGAGGGAUAAAGUAAGUGGAACGUGGUAUGUAGAAGUUUUGGACAAAGUCCUAGAAGAAUAUGCUGGAUCCUUAGAAUUACAGGCGAUGCUGGUGAUGGUGGCGAACAGAGUAUCUUCAAAAGGAUCGUACAAGCAGAUCCCCGGGUACUUUAAUUUCCUCCGCAAAAGUUUUUACUUUAAGACGUGUUGAACAGUGGUGUUUCCGGGGGAAGACUGCAGUCCCAGUGACUAACUGCAGGCGUGGGGGCUGCACUCCCUCUGACUAACUGCAGGUGGUUAUCUCCCACCUGCGGACUGAGCGACAGAAUUUGCACUGAUCGGGAACCUGCAGCCGUAUCUGGACUCACACCGCUGCUGGUGGCUACACAACCUCCUGAGCUCCGGUCAGCGGCCAUAUUCUUUCACAUGAGAUGUGUCUUUUAUAAUGCAAAAAUACAAAUCCUUCUAGGACUCAGCGUUUCAUAUGCCAUGAUUGUACAGUAAUUUUUAGUGCAGGUUACAAGAUGAAAGUAUGUAUAACGGUUGCUACAGGCGACAAUACUUUUAUAAUGCAGUUACCUGCACUCAGCUUCCAUACACCCCGAGCCCCCCAAAUUGAUUGUUGAAUUUUUAUUGAGGGAUUAUGUCUAAUGCUCAUGUGCCAGAAGCCAGAUUUUAAUCAGGGAUAUUGGAUAAGAAAACGACUCGUGUGCCAGGAAAUGCUCCCUGAUUCCACAUGGACACGAGGAUGUUGUGACUUUUACCCGCAGCGUCCACUGCGCAGUCCGGCUGUACCACUGGGAUUUACGGAUAAAUUACAGUCAAACUGAUAGUCUUAUAAAGAAGAAUGAAGACAAAGUGUACAGUAUAUAUGUGCCAAUGUUUCUUGUUAUGUGCGAGCAGUAAUUAAUUUACACCUUCCUACUUCAGUCAAUCAGUUCCUGCAAUAAUGGAGUACAUGCUAGGCUUCAAUCAAAAAGUUUACUGAUGAUUUAAAGGGCCAUUAAACCUAACGGUUUGUCCAUCGUGAAUGGGUAUCUCAUAACGUAUACAUAUGUGAAAGUCGUAAUACAGUGACUGAGUUAUUUAUAUUCAUGAGCAAUUGUUCUCUGUUAUCAACCACUUCCUGCGCCAUAGACUGCUCUUUGUCCUCUGUCUGGCUCUUGGCGGAUAGGAGAAAAAAAUCGUCUACAGCUGCAAAGUCUUCUAAAAUAUCUUUGUGUUUUACAUUUAUUUUAUUACAUAAUGUAGAGUUAUAAGUACAUUAAAUGUCCCUGCCGGUAUACUUUACUAGGUGCAAGAUACGCCUCCUAACAGGCUAUUGGGGGAAUUCAAUUGCCCGUGGUAAUUUACCAAUACCGGUACAUAUCAGGUUGUUGGGGUUUUUUUUUUUUUGAACCUGCUGAGGUACCAAAAAAAAAAAACCUGAAAAGCGCCCUGUUUUCCUGAUUGCAGCCGCAAAAACACAUAGGUCCAAGAACUUAUCACGGAUCCUACGUGUUUUUGCCCGAAAACAUAUAAUUGUUCAGGGAGUAAAACGGGCUCUAAUUGGAUUGCCCGGGGGG